AUGGCAGGAAAAAAGAUCAUCGCCAUCGUAGGGGCAACUGGUAACCAAGGCUCCUCUGUAGCGAAAACGUUUGCCCUCACGGGCGGUUGGCACGUCCGCUGCUUAACUAGAGACCCUACCUCGGCCAAGGCACAGACUCUGGCUGAAAUUGGGUGCGAGCUGGUCCAGGCAGACUUGUCAGAUCCCACUUCACUAUCACCAGCAUUUGAUGGGGCUCAUGCCAUAUUUCUCAACACUGAGCUAGCGGGAGCCUACCGAGCCUAUCUCGCAACGGGCGAGGAUCACGAUACCGCCAUGCAACGCGCGUUCGACUCCGAGGUCAACAGUGGCAAGAACGCAAUCCAUGCGAUCAAAAAUGUCGCCACGCUGGAACGUCUUGUCUACUCCGCCCUGGGCUCCGUGAAACGUGUGUCAGGGGGGAAGUAUCAUCACACGACCUUCUUUGAGACCAAGGCCGCGAUCGUCGACUACAUCGAGGCUGACCAUCCACUGCUGGCGGCCAAGACCUCAUACAUCUAUAUUGGGGCGUAUAUUGACCACCCAUUCCUGCGCCCGAAGCUCGACGUAGCCAGCGGACGGUAUGUCGGCAUGCUGUCAUGCUCCAAGCAGACCCAUUUCCCAGUCAUCAAUGCUGCCGAGUCAACGGGGCCUUUUGUCAGGUGUUUAAUUGAAGAUGAGGAUCCAAAGACCAGGCUUCUGGCUUAUGACGCACGCCUAACAGUCGGUGAGGCUCUCGACCAGUGGAGUGGAGUGACUGGCAAGUCGUAUGUCUUUGUCCAGGAGACGUUGGAGGACAUGAGUAACAAGACCGGCAUGCCUUUAACAUUCAUCGAGUUCCCGGCUGCGCUCGAGGAAUUCGGCUACUGUACCGAGGGUGCGGUUAUUGAACCGCAUCAGCUAAAGCGAAAGCCACAGACCCAGAGCUACGAAGACUUUCUGAGACAGCAGGACGUCGAUGUACUGCUUGGUGAUGUUGCAAACACCAAUUAA